UGUUUGCUUUCAAUGAGUGUGAGAAGGAGGCGGAGGAGGAAAAGGAGGAGGAGGCGAAGAAGGAGGCGGGGGGAGCCAGUUCUCCUGUCCGGCCCGCGGCAGGAAACAAAGAGCCAGGCCGGCAGCUCAGAGACGGGGAUGCUGCAGUUACAGGAAUGCCCAAAGAAAAGUACGAACCACCUGAUCCACGAAGGAUGUACACAAUUAUGUCCUCAGAAGAAGCAGCCAAUGGGAAAAAAUCACACUGGGCAGAGUUGGAAAUAAGCGGGAAAGUCAGAAGCCUGAGUUCAUCCUUAUGGUCACUGACCCACUUGACAGCUUUGCAUCUCAGUGACAAUUCCUUAUCCCGUAUUCCUUCAGAUAUUGCCAAGCUUCAUAACCUGAUUUAUUUGGAUCUGUCAUCUAAUAAGAUUCGUAGUUUACCAGCUGAGCUCGGAAACAUGGUGUCACUCAGGGAACUCCAUUUAAAUAACAACCUGUUACGAGUUCUACCAUUUGAGCUGGGAAAACUGUUCCAAUUACAGACCUUGGGUUUGAAAGGAAACCCACUUACACAGGACAUUCUGAAUCUUUAUCAGGAACCAGAUGGAACAAGAAGGCUACUGAAUUAUUUGCUUGAUAAUCUGGCAGGUACUGCAAAAAGAAUUUCAACAGAACAGCCUCCUCCCAGAUCUUGGAUUAUGCUACAAGAACCAGAUAGGGCAAGACCAACAGCUCUGUUCUCUGUCAUGUGUUACAAUGUUCUGUGUGAUAAAUAUGCUACUCGGCAGCUAUAUGGAUAUUGCCCAUCAUGGGCACUGAACUGGGAAUACAGGAAAAAAGCUAUAAUGCAGGAAAUUUUGAGUUGUAAUGCUGACAUCAUAAGUCUUCAGGAGGUUGAAACUGAGCAGUACUACAGUUUUUUCCUAGCAGAAUUGAAAGAACGUGGGUACAAUGGAUUCUUUAGUCCAAAAUCCAGAGCUAGGACAAUGUCUGAACAAGAAAGAAAGCAUGUUGAUGGUUGUGCAAUAUUUUUUAAGACAGAAAAGUUCACCUUGGUUCAAAAACAUACUGUUGAAUUUAACCAAUUGGCUAUGGCAAACUCCGAAGGAUCUGAAGCAAUGCUGAACAGAGUCAUGACAAAAGACAACAUUGGGGUUGCUGUGCUGUUAGAACUGCGAAAGGAGUUAAUAGAAAUGUCAUCUGGAAAGCCACACUCUGUAAUGGAUAAACAGCUAAUUCUGGUAGCAAAUGCACACAUGCACUGGGACCCAGAUUAUUCUGAUGUGAAGUUGGUUCAGACAAUGAUGUUCCUUUCUGAAGUAAAGAACAUAAUUGACAAAGCCUCGCGGAAUCUCAGGCCUAGUGCUUCGGGGGAAUAUGCAACAAUUCCACUUGUACUGUGUGCAGAUUUGAAUUCCUUGCCAGAUUCUGGUGUGGUUGAAUAUUUGAGCACUGGUGGCGUAGAAACAAAUCAUAAGGAUUUCAAGGAACUGAGAUAUAACGAAAGUCUCACUAACUUCAGUUAUAAUGGGAAAAAUGGAACUACCAAUGGAAGGAUUACUCAUGGUUUCAAGUUGAAGAGUGCCUAUGAGAAUGGUUUAAUGCCUUACACAAAUUACACAUUUGAUUUCAAGGGUAUUAUUGAUUACAUCUUCUAUUCUAAACCUCAGCUGAAUAUUCUUGGCAUCUUAGGACCUUUGGAUCAUCAUUGGCUAAUAGAGAACAAUAUAAGUGGCUGUCCACACCCGCUCAUUCCUUCUGACCACUUCUCACUUUUUGCACAACUGGAGCUGGUGCUGCCUUUCCUGCCCCCGGUAAAUGGAAUCCAUCUGCCUAGCAGGAGGUAGUCAAGUACAUUUUAGAGGACAACCUCGAUGUAAUUUGUAAAAUUGUAAAAUCUGAAUAUAGAGGAGUGAGGUAUGGCCAACAGGGAUCUUUCUUAAUGAUCUUAAUUUUAAAUCUAAUAAUUUGUUAAAGAAAUAGUAAAAGCCAGGUGCUAUCAGACACACAAUUCUGAGCCCAACAUGCUUUAUAUACUGUUAGACAGGGAUUGGUGCAUGGGCACCUUUCUUAGAUUUGUUACCAAUAAUCUGUUUGUUUUAUCCAAUGUAAUAUUUCAUGCCUUGAAAACAGGGAAUUACUAUAAUAAAUUCUCUUUUGCACAGAUAUCUGUAGCACUACUUUUUGAGGCCAGUAGUUAAAAAUCAAAAGACCAUUCUUCCAUACUUCACUCCCUUCUUUUUCAGACUUGUUUGUUUGUAAAAUAUAGAAUUUGAAUUUAGCCUUUAUUGAUUGUAUAUGAACAACAGAAAACCUGAUUUAUGAGAUUUUGUACUUUAAAAAAAAUCAGAUUUGGAAAAUGAUUGUAUUGUAAACUAAGGCUAAAUUUUUAUCUGUUUCAUGUGUUAUAAAGGCCAGCUUGUAAAAGAAGUUGCACCAGAUUUUCUCUGCUAAUGAUUUGCACUGUUAGGGCUUUUAGCCCAUAUGUACUACUUCAUUUUUUU